AUGGACGUGCAUCUCUUGACGUACGACCUGUCCAGAGGACUUGCCCGGCAAAUGUCCCAGGGCAUGCUAGGAUUCCACCUUGAUGCAAUCUACCACACCUCAAUCCAGCUCAAUGGUCGAGAAUACGUUUACGAUGGCGGCAUCGUCGACAUCACUCCAGGGACCUCUCACCUGGGCCAGCCGAUGGAACGAAUUUUCCUUGGCCGCACAGAACUGCCAAUGGAGGCCUAUGACUUGUGGAGGCACAACUGCAACAACUUCUCGGAUUCCUUCGCCCAGUUUCUGCUUGGAAAAGGCAUCCCCGAGCACAUUAUCAAAAUGCCGGAUGCCGUUCUCAGCUCGCCGUUUGGGAGAAUGCUCAUGCCCCAACUGACCCAGGCCAUGACUUCAAACAGGCAAAACGGUUCGAUUCUUGGCAUUCAGAAUGGCAACACCGCCAAUGGACACAGCUCAGCACCGCAACCAACCAGGCCCCAAGCCAACGUCAGGGUAGUCAACAGUUCGCAGGAGCUCGACGCUGCUCUCGAGUCUGCAAAGAAGACCUGUGCGGUUGUCCUCUUCACCUCGGCAACAUGUCCUCCUUGCAGGGCCAUCGCCCCAACCUUUGACGAGCUCUCAGCGGAAGCCGGUAACAAGGCAGUUUUCAUCAAGGUUGACGUAGCCCAGCUUACUCCUUUGCCGGAUAAGAACUACCCACGAGCGACGCCGACUUUUGUCACUUACCUGCACGGAGAGAAGGAGAAUGAGUGGGCAGGGGCAGACCCGGCUGCGCUUCGGGGCAACAUCCAACUCUUGUUGCAAAUGGUUUUCCCCCGUCAUCCCCACGAGUCCCUAAACCUACCGAGCUUUUCCAACCCGAAUGGGCGGCCAGUGCUUUACUCCAAAGUACCACCUUUGGAGAAGCUACUCGCAAAGAUGGGAGCAACAGCAACGGAUCCUGCUGUGCAAGGAGUCAAACAAUUCAUUGAAGCCCGUGAAAAGCAAGGCCCGGCAGCUGCGACUCUGCCAAAUCUGAGCCAGUUUGCAGAGUUCCUGAGGCAGUCCAUUCAUUCACUGCCGACUGAGGUACUCUUCCCCGUGGUUGAUCUUCUCAGAUGCGCUCUAGUCGACGCAAGAUUCAGCGGCUACUUUGCCGAGGAGAAGGAUCACCAGACAGUCCUAGCCAUUUUGAACUUUGUCAACUCUCACAGCGACUGCCCUUACGCAUUGCGUCUUGUGACGCUGCAGAUGGCGUGCAACUUUUUUUCCACGCCACUCUACCCCGAAGAGAUCCUUCGCAACGAGGGUCUCAGAGCGCCAAUCAUUCAGUUGAUAUCUUCGAGCUUUCUGGACGACAGUCACAAUAACAUCCGUGUUUCUGCAUCCUCCUUGAUGUUCAACCUGGCAUUAGCUAGCAACAAAGCAAGACGAGAGAAGACAGGCGACGUUUUACCCGAAGGCGACUCCGUGGAGCUGGCAGCGUCAGUAUUGGAGGCCAUAGGCCAGGAAGAAAAGUCGCCAGAGGCCUUGCAGGGCAUGUUGCUUGCUCUGGGCAACCUGGUCUAUUGCACGCCAUCAGACAGUGAGGUGUCUGAUUUGCUCAGGACGAUGGACGCAGAAGAUGCGGUUCUCGCCAAGAAGAAGCAGUUUCCUAACGAGAAAAUGAUCUCAGAGGUGGGAAGUGAGCUUCUUGGAAAGGGGCUGAGACGGCCGUAA